UCGACGCCACGAUGUCGCGACGAGGGUGCCACGGCAGCAGCAUCGAGACCACUACGGCAGCACGACGCGGCCGGCAGCACGACGACGGCGCCACAACAGCACGACGCGGCCGCCAUGGCAGUGAGAGAGAGAGAGAGAGAGAGAGAGAGAGAGAGAGAGAGAGAGAGAGAGAGAGAGAGAGAGAGAGAGAGAGAGAGAGAGAGAGAGAGAUAGAGAGAGAGAGAGAGAGAGAGAGAGAGAGAGAGAGAGAGAGAGAGAGAGAGAGAGAGAGAGGAAGAGUGCGCGGCGAAAGCGUGGGAAGUAGGUCCAGAACGUUGAACUUGCUCUGUUACCAUCACCGUCCAUUCGAGCUCAUCACUGACGCUAACGAUCUGGCUGUUGGCGCAGUCUUGUUACAAUUCUUCGGCGAAGGCCUACAACCGAUUGCCUACGAGUCACGAACGCUAAACCCGGCUGAGCAAAAUUAUCCUGUCCGCGACAAGGAGUUACUCGCCAUCGUUCACACUUUCAAAGUCUGGCACUUCUACCUGACGGGCGCUGACGUAACAGUCCGAACAGACCACAAGUCGCUACAAUUCAUCCUCGCCCAACCGACACUGAAUCCCCGACAGCGUCGCUGGCUCGACUACCUCGACUAGAUUGCUGCAGCCACUUGAGC